ACAUGUGGAGAAACCAUGGGGGAAAACUGACUGUGUUUUCUGUCUUCUGUUGACAGAAUGGUACACGAAACUUCCAGGACUUUGACUGUCAGGAACAUGACAUAGAAACAACUCAUGGUGUGGUCCAUGUCACUAUAAGAGGCUUACCCAAAGGAAACAGACCAGUUAUACUGACAUAUCAUGACAUUGGCCUCAACCAUAAAUCCUGUUUCAAUGCAUUCUUUAACUUUGAGGAUAUGCAAGAGAUCACCCAACACUUUGCUGUCUGUCAUGUGGAUGCUCCAGGCCAGCAGGAAGGUGCACCCUCUUUCCCCACAGGGUAUCAGUACCCCACAAUGGAUGAGCUGGCUGAAAUGCUGCCUCCUGUUCUUACCCACUUAAGCCUGAAAAGUAUCAUUGGAAUUGGAGUUGGAGCUGGAGCUUACAUCCUCAGCAGAUUUGCACUCAAUCAUCCAGAAUUUGUGGAAGGCCUUGUGCUCAUUAAUAUUGACCCUUGCGCUAAAGGCUGGAUUGACUGGGCAGCUUCCAAACUCUCUGGCCUGACAACCAAUGUUGUGGACAUUAUUUUGGCUCAUCACUUUGGGCAGGAAGAGUUACAGGCCAACCUGGACCUGAUCCAAACCUACAGAAUGCAUAUUGCCCAAGACAUCAAUCAAGACAACCUGCAGCUCUUCUUGAAUUCCUAUAAUGGACGCAGAGACCUGGAGAUCGAAAGACCCAUACUGGGCCAAAAUGAUAACAAAUUAAAAACAUUAAAGUGUUCUACUUUACUGGUGGUAGGGGACAGUUCGCCUGCAGUUGAGGCCGUGGUCGAAUGUAAUUCCCGCCUGAACCCUAUAAAUACAACUUUGCUAAAGAUGGCAGACUGUGGGGGACUGCCCCAGGUAGUUCAGCCUGGGAAGCUCACCGAGGCCUUCAAGUACUUUUUGCAGGGAAUGGGCUACAUACCAUCUGCCAGCAUGACCCGGCUUGCCCGAUCACGAACCCACUCAACCUCAAGUAGCAUUGGCUCUGGAGAAAGUCCCUUCAGCCGGUCUGUCACCAGCAAUCAGUCAGAUGGAACUCAAGAAUCCUGUGAGUCCCCUGAUGUCCUGGACAGACACCAGACCAUGGAGGUGUCCUGCUAAACAGAUGCUCCUCCCCUGGAUCAUUGCAAGUCCAUCCUUCUUCAAAUGACCACUCCAUAAUAUAACAUUUCAUCCAGUAAACUGGCCUCUACUAUCUUUAACUCAUGCAUGGCCACUGAACCUCUCUCUAGUAGCCUGGAUUUAUCAUUCUCUCUGCCUGCCCACCCCUUUUUUUGUAUAUCCCAAGAACCACUUCCAUGCCAUACUGUAACAUUCCAACAUCUUUAGCUGAUCAGAUCUCUCCAUAUCCUCUCUUGCCAGCUUUUUUCCGUGCCCCCUCAAACUAUGUAUCAGAUAAGAUUCUUUGAUCCCAACUCUGUGUGUGUGCGAGCACGCGUGUCUGUGUUUGUGUGUGCAUAGUUCUGUGGUUUUAGACAUGCUUUCUUGUAGUGCUUCUGCAAAAAACGAAAAAGGGACUUAUUUUGCAUUCUCAAUGGUUUUUUUUAAGGGAAUUAGGCAGAACAGAUUUCUAGGUUGGGUAGGCCAACUGCAUUCUCUUUUGUUUGCAAAUUGGUCAACAAAAUUUGCAAAGUGAUUUCAGAAAAGAGCAUCUUGGAGGAAUGUGGAAAAUCAUUAUUACUGCCUGGACCAUUGAUUGAUUGUGACCAAUAGUAGAAGGCUGCCUGUUACAUAGAGAGGCUCCUUCUGUCCAAAUGGAUUCCUGUAUACUAUUCUAUAAAUAAAAGGGAGGAAUAUAUUCUGCUGGAAGCCCAUGAACCAUCGGUGAGGUUCUGAUUCAACAUAAGAGUUGUUUCCUAGGAGUGAAUGUGGCUUAAUUAGUGGACUCAGUUAGCACAGGAAGGUGGAAAACAAAAUGCCAGGCCCCUGCUCUGCAAGAACAAAACUGCUAUUUCUGCAGUAUCUGAUACCAGACAUCCACAUAUCCACAAGAAGUGCCUCUUAGGUCUAUGAUGAGAGCAUUUCUCCAUUCCUCACUUCCCAGAAAGGGGAGAGGGAUGUUUAAAAAGCAUGUAGAUGGUGGAGAAAUGGGUGGGGGGAGAGGAACAGCCAUUAACAUUGUAUCAUGUUUAAUAAGCUUGAUUUCAGCAGCCAUAUGGAAGCCAAAUUAAAUUAAUACAGAACU